AUUAACGAGGCACCGGGGGGUGUCCCUGUUGUCCUCAUGUCCCCACCCUGCUGGGAUCUGUCCCCGCGACCUCACAGAACUGGCUUUGGGGACAUUGCGCUGCCACCACCCACCCUGGGGGGGUCGGCCCACCCCACCCCAGGGCAGGGCCGACCCUGCUGCCUGCGGUAUUUAGGGCCCUGGGAUGGGGACGUGGCCCCAGAGCGGUGGCAGCCACUCCUGGCUCAGCUGUCCUGGGUGAGUGGGGAUGCCAGGAGCGCAGGGAUGGGGGGUCAGGGGGGGUUGCAAAUGCUUUUGGGUGGUUUGGUCCUGAAUUCUGUCCUCCAGGCGUUGUCAUCCCCAGGAUUUCACUGUCCCCAUUUCACCAUGGGGUCCGGUUACCCCCCACAACCUGUUUUCACGUCCCCAAGGUGAUUUCAAUGUCCCCAAGGUUCUGCUGGCCUCAUUUAAUGGCCCCAAGGUCGCCGUCCCCAGGGCUUCCCUGCCCACACUCUCCCUGACUGGAUUCCAAAGUCCCCAUUUUCCCAUCUGGGUGUCCCCAAUUUUCACUGUCCCCAAAGCUUCAGCAUCCCCACGUUGCUGUGUGGAUGUUCUGUGGCUCACGGUGUCUUUUGGGGUCCCCGUGGUCCCCAUUCUGUCCCCAGGACGAUGACGGUGACCUACACAGCACGGGUGGCCACUGCUCGCUUCGGGGGCUUCUCCCAGCUGCUGCUGCUGUGGCGUGGGAGCAUCUACAAACUGCUGUACCGGGAAGUGCUGCUCUUCCUGGGGGCCUACCUGGGGCUGAGCAUGGCCUACCGGUUUCUGCUGUCGGAACCACAGCGGCGCCUCUUUGAGAAGCUGGUUCUGUACUGUGACCGCUCAGCACAGCUCAUUCCUGUCGCCUUUGUGCUCGGUUUCUACGUGGCCGUGGUGUUGGAGCGCUGGUGGGGGCAGUUCCGGAGCGUCCCAGCCCCAGACGGGCUGAUGCUGGCAGUGGGGUGCGGGGUGCACGGAGCCGAUGAGCGGGGCCGCAUCCUGCGCCGCACGCUGAUGCGUUAUGGCAGCCUGGCAGCUCUGCUGGUGCUCAGAGCCGUCAGCACCGCCGUCUAUAAGAGAUUCCCCACCACCGACCACCUCGUAGAGGCGGGGUUUCUGACUCGGGAGGAGCGGUGCCGGCUGGACGCGCUGCGCUCGCCCUAUAACAAGUUCUGGGUGCCCUGCAUGUGGUUCGGGGCGCUGGUGGGGCAGGCACGGCGCGAGGGGAGGGUGCGCGAUGACUGCACCCUAAAGCUGCUGAUGGAGGAGCUGAACCUGUUCCGGGCCAAGUGCAGCAUGUUGUUCCACUACGACUGGAUCAGCAUCCCGCUGGUGUACACACAGGUGGUGACCAUCGCUGUCUACGCCUUCUUUGCCACCUGUCUGAUCGGGCGGCAGUUCCUGGACCCGGCCCAGGGCUACGCAGGGCAUGAGCUGGAUCUGGGGCUGCCCGUCUUCACCCUCCUGCAGUUCUUCUUCUACGUGGGGUGGCUUAAGGUGGCCGAGCAGCUCAUUAACCCCUUUGGGGAGGACGAUGAUGACUUUGAGACCAACACACUCAUUGACCGCAACUUCCAGGUGUCCAUGCUGGCCGUGGAUGAGCUCUAUGGGGAUGUCCCCACACUGGAGAGGGACCGGUACUGGGACAGCAUCAGCCCCCGUGCGCCCUACACGGCUGCCACCGCCGCGCAGCUGCGCCUGCCCAGCUUCCGUGGGUCAGCCUUCGAUGUGGCGCUGGCAAAGGAAGAGAUGCAGUUCCAACCACUGGAGGACAUUGGGGAGACCUCUGAGCCCCCCCCACACCCCCCCACCGGUGCCUUCAGCUGCCAUUUCUCCCUCCUACGGCACAAGAACAGCACUGGCUGUGAGGGGGAACAUGGGGAUGAGGCCCCCCCAGGAGCACCCACCGAAGGAGACGGGAACAGCCUGGGGGUGGACACAGAUGUGCUGCUGGGGAGCAUCAAAGGGGAAUCACCCCACAGCUGGGACCUGCGCCCCACAGAUGAGAUGGUGUAGGUGGGAGGAACCCAAAAUGCUGACCC